AUGUCUGGUCGUGUGUACGCCAGCAUCCUUCAAAGAGCCUCCAGCUACACACGGUCUUCUAUCAGCCCACUGCAGCUUGUCCACCUUGUAGCACUCCCCUCCUCUCAGCCUCCACCAGCCCACCGCUGUCCCUUCUCAUCCUGGACCACCUUCAGAUCCGUCCACCUGCGCUCCACUGGUGAGGGGUCAGCCGGCUGGUCUCAGAGAGGACGGCGCUUCUCCACUAAUCAGGAUCUGGACCUCCAGCUCAACCGGCUCCACAUCAACAAUAUCCUGCGAUCUAACGAGCAGAUUGUGAAUCUGCCAGAGUUUGAUGGCAGGGGCCUCAGUUCCGUGACCAAGUUCGAGAGUAACCAGGUCGCUGCUAACACGCCGAAUGAAGACCGUCGCAGUGCAGCCACCUGCCUCCAGUCAAAGGGCAUGCUCUUUGGAGUGUUUGACGGUCACGGGGGUUCGGCGUGCGCCCAGGCCGUCAGUGAGCGACUGCUGUACUACAUCGCAGUUGCAAUGAUGCCCAAGAAGAGCUUGCUGGAGCUGGAGAACAGCAUGGAGUACGGCAGACCCGUUCCUCCGAUCCUGCAGUGGUACAAACACCAUGCUGACCUCAACUAUCGGGACUCGGCUUCGCUCUACAUCAACCACCUCCGAGUCUUCUGGCAGGAUUUACUGGAGAGUGAGGAGCAUGGUAACGGCAUGAGCCCCCAUGAUGCUCUGGAAUGUGCUUUCAAGCGUCUGGACGCUGACAUCUCCCUGGAGGCUCAGGUCCCUCUUUCCAACGACCUGAUGAAAAGCACGGCCAUCCAGGUGGCGUUCGCCGGUUCCACUGCCUGUGUGGCUCACGUUGGCACAGAAGGGAUCCACGUGGCGAAUGCUGGCGACUGCCGAGCAGUACUGGGGGUGCUGGAGGAGGACGGCUCAUGGAGUGCUUUACCCCUGUCACAGGACCAUAACUCGCAAAACCAGAAGGAGAUGGAGCGAAUCAAAGCCCAGCACCCGCUGUCAGAGAGAAACACGGUGGUCACAGAGGAUAGACUGCUGGGGGUUCUGAUGCCCCUGCGUGCUUUCGGUGACGUGAGAUUCAAGUGGAGCUAUGAGUUGCAGCAGAACAUUUUGGCCAAUCUGGGAUCUGGAGUGGAUCUGGACUCUCUCAACCUGUACCAGUACACUCCAGCUAACUACCUAACCCCCCCCUACCUGGACGUGAUACCUGAGAUAACGUAUCACAAGCUCCGACCUCAGGACCGCUUCCUGAUUCUCGGCACCGACGGUCUGUGGGAUGAACUGGGAAACCAGGAGGCUGUGCGACUGGUUGGAGAGCACCUGAGUGGGAUUCACCCGCAGGCUCCGGUUUCUUCGUCUGAGAAGCAGCUAAAAUUGGGUACCAUGCUUGAACUCUUGCUGAAACGCCAGGCCCGGGCCUCCCCCGCCCUGGACACCAACUCUUCCACGCACCUCAUCAGACAUGCCCUCGGCAGAGGGGAGUACGGAGAGCUAUGCCAGGAGAGACUGGCCUCCAUGCUUGCUCUGCCAGAGGACCUGGCUCGAAUGUACAGGGACGACAUCACCGCGACCGUGGUGUAUCUGAACUCUGACCUGCCCAGACCUCAACGCAGCGAACAGAAUCAUCUCAUCUCACAGUGGCCGGCAGAGAGAGAGAGAAACUAUUCUCAUGGACGCAAAGGUCCAUCAUGACAACCUGUUACAUACAUUGAUAUAUAGAUGCUUUUAAAUGAAGGGACAGGUUACAGCUUCGUAUCGUGUACAGCUACUUUCUUUCCAUAUCACUGUUCCAUACAUUUAACAGAGGUCACAUAUUCAUGUUUGCAGCGUUUUAACAUGUUAAGAUACACAUUUUUGUACUCUGUGUAUUCAUGAAGGACAUUUUAUAUCUAAGUUGUGACGUGAGUUGAAAUGUUGUGAGUAAAUUCAAAGCUACAGAAUAUUGCACACAAUCACUCCCUUUUCCUUUGUCUUGCACAGUUGCUUCAGACAAUCCCUCUUUGUCUUGUUAUGUCCUGUUUACCUCUAUGUAAAGCGUGAAGUAUACUGAAAACUUUGUAGAAGUGUGCUGUCUGUAAUGUGAUGUCAGAUGUAUUUAAGUUGAUUCUGGGAACGAUGUGCACAUGCUUCAUAUUAAACAAAUGUGAAAUUUUA